CUGAAGUUUUUUUUUCGAUAGCCAAAACAACAUUCGUUCAAUUUAACUUUUUAUGUUUAUUAAGUGAUAUAAGCUCUUAUAAUGGCUUAUUCAAUUAUUAGUAACAUUGCACGUAAGACAGCAAGCGCUAAUCUAUCGAAAGCAGUCCUUCAGAAUGCCGGUGCUCUAUAUAAUGCAAACCAAACAAGAGGAGGUGCUCGCUGGUAUCCAGAUUCUGAAUUUGUUCAACAAUUCAGUGGUGCUGUCAUGUAUCCAGAUGAGGUAACAGCAAAAUGGAAAGUUCCACCUUAUAACGGAAAAAUGGCACCGUUGCCUGAAAAAAAUGUCCGUAAUAUGAGUGUUAACUUUGGUCCACAACAUCCAGCUGCUCACGGUGUCUUGCGUAUGGUUUUGGAACUUGAUGGUGAGACUGUUGUUCGCGCUGAUCCACAUAUUGGACUGUUGCAUCGUGGUACAGAGAAACUCAUUGAAUACAAGACGUACACUCAGGCAUUACCUUAUUUUGAUCGUCUUGAUUACGUCUCUAUGAUGUGCAAUGAGCAGUGUUACUCUUUAGCUGUUGAGAAGCUAUUGAACAUCGAUAUUCCAAUUAGAGCAAAGUACAUCCGAGUUCUGUUUGCCGAGCUCACUAGAAUUUUGAAUCAUAUUAUGGCUGUCGGUACGCACGCUUUGGAUGUUGGUGCUAUCACACCCUUUUUCUGGCUUUUUGAGGAACGUGAGAAGAUGAUGGAGUUUUAUGAACGUGUUUCUGGAGCUCGUAUGCAUGCAGCUUAUGUUAGACCCGGUGGAGUUUCUCAAGACAUGCCAUUAGGAUUACUUGACGAUAUUUACGAAUUCUCAGCUAAAUUCGGUGAACGAUUGGACGAAGUUGAAGAUUUGCUUACAACCAAUCGUUUAUGGAUCCAAAGAACUGAAGAUAUUGGCAUCGUUUCAGCUGAAGAUGCUCUUAAUUAUGGCUUCAGUGGUGUUAUGUUGAGAGGAUCUGGCAUUAAGUGGGAUUUAAGAAAAACUCAACCUUAUGAUGCUUAUCAUUUAGUAGAAUUUGAUGUUCCGAUUGGAACUAAAGGUGAUUGCUACGACCGUUAUUUGAUUCGUUGCGAAGAAAUGCGUCAAUCACUUAGAAUUAUUGAGCAAUGCUUGAACCAAAUGCCAGCUGGAGAAAUUAAAGUUGAUGAUGCAAAAUUGACACCACCAUCAAGACAUGAAAUGAAAACAUCCAUGGAAGCUCUUAUUCAUCACUUUAAGCUCUUUACUCAAGGAUAUCAAGUUCCUCCAGGAUCAACAUAUACAGCAAUUGAGGCACCAAAAGGAGAAUUCGGUGUUUAUUUAGUAUCAGACGGUUCCAGCAGACCAUAUAGAUGUAAAAUAAAGGCUCCUGGCUUCGCUCAUUUAGCUGCAAUCGAUAAAGUUGGCAAAAAUCACAUGCUUGCUGAUAUCGUAGCCAUUAUUGGAACACUUGACGUUGUCUUUGGUGAAAUCGAUCGAUAAGCUAUUGUUCUAGCAAAUUGUAAGAAAUAUUCUUUUUUGUGUAAAGAAAAAAACUAUUGGACACGUUUCAUUAAUUUAACAGAAAUAUAUUAAAGGG